AUGGACGCAUUCUUUGCCAAGGCUAAACACUAUGAAGCACAAUUUGAUCGCUCUCUAGCUCAAUACAAAUGUAUGCGAGAUGCCGAGGAAAAGCUCCACAUUCCCAAAGUCUUUAUUGCACUUGGAGGUGCCUUGAUUCUCUUUCUGGUAGCCUACUUUAACAUUGCUGGAGAGCUAUUCACCGACCUUAUCGGAUGGCUAUAUCCUGCUUAUGCAUCGUUCCAAUCUAUUGAAAUCUCGAGUCGAUCAGCAAAACGGCAAUGGCUUACUUAUUGGAGCCUAUUUGGCUUUAUCCAAACAUUGGAGUACUUUUCUAGUGGCCUGGUGUAUUGGUUUCCAUCCUUCUUUGUGGUCAAGACAUUCCUUGUUCUCUGGCUGGCACUUCCACAGUUUCGGGGGGCAGAGUUAGUGUAUAUGAAGCUCAUUCAUCCAUGGAUGACAGUAAAGAAGAAGGAAUAA